AUGCACUCCGUUAGAACCUUGGACGGUAUGCGCCUGCCCUUGAUUUGUGCCUUUGCCCUGACUGCGACGGCCACGCCCUGCCAAAACGGGACGUGCACUGGCGGAUUGGGGCUGCUGCAGAAGGUCCCGGCUCGGCACCACGUGCUUGCACAGACCGCGGAGACCGCGGAGGCCCUUCCCUUCGACUGGUUCCCCGUGGAUGGCGGCGUGGGGCGCGCCUGCCGGGGAGCCUCGGCCGGCGACAACGCGGCUUCGCACUACACGGUGAUCCACGGGCUGACUGAUUUGGAGGCAUGCAAGCACGCCUGCGAGCAGAGCGAGCAGAACGUGACCUGCCGUGGCAUCGAGUACAGCCUCGGCCGCUGCGAGCUUUGGUCAAGGGCGGAAGGCAUUGAGGCCAGCAUCUCCCUGGAGAACUACACCUGCCUCAGCUAUGGGCCCUCGCGCUUCGAUAGCCUGGGUCUGGGCCACGCCUGCCGUGGCGCGGAUGCUGCUGAUGACUCGCCAAGCUACUACAUGCACGAGCAGGGAGUGACUCUGGAUGCUUGCAAGGGGCUCUGCUAUAUGGAGCCGCGCUGCCAGGGCGUUGGCUAUGUGUCAAACGGUGGAGACUGCAAAGUCUGGACUCGAGCUAUCGAGGCCACAAGUGUUGCUCCGGGCUCUCUUUGCCUUCAGCUGGAGUUCGUGGUGGCUGAGCCCUCUGGGCUGGAUGCGGCCUGCCGAGGCCAACAUGAGUCGGACAACAACCCUGCUCACUACUACGUGGCCGAAGGGUCUCACAACCUUGAGAGCUGCAAGCAGAUCUGCCGGGAGGACCCAAGCUGCAAAGGCAUCGAGUACAGCGGCUCCCGCUGCGAGGUCUGGAUUCUGGAGGGAGGUAUCCAGGCCGUCAGGGUCCUGGAGGGCUUCACUUGCUUGAGGUACUCGAAGAGCCUUCCCGCGCCUCCUUCCACUACUGCCACUACGGCCACCACAGUCACCACGGCCACCACCGUCACUACGGUCACUACGGUCACAACGGUCACUACGACCACUACGACCACUACGACCACUACGACCACUACGGCCGCCACGACUACCACCACGACCACACAAGCAACCGCAGGGACAACUGCGACGACAGCGACCACGACCGAGGCCAGGAACUGCCGCAAGGCAUAUGACCAGUGUGGCGGCAAGAACUACAACGGAGAGACCUGUUGCGUCUACGGCUGGGAGUGCGUGUUCGUCAACGAUUUCUAUUCUCAAUGCAAGCAGAGCACGGCGCCCACCACAACCCUGCCGGUGGACUGCUCGGCUCCAGGAACUGAACUACGAGGCAAGUUCAACCAGUGUGGGGGUUUGAGUUGGCAGGGCUCCAGGUGCUGUGAGGAAGGUCUCUUCUGCAAGUACGACAACGACUACUACUGGGACUGCAGGCCUGUUGAGGGCAGCACGGUGGCCCCCAGCACGACGGUUGGGACCACCUCCACCUCUGGGACCACGGGGACCACGCAAAGCACGACCACCCAGAGCUCGGCUUCCAGCACCAGCACCACCCCUGGCUCUACGAGUGCUCCCAGCACCUCCUCGGCAGCUUGCCAGAAGGGCUACGCGCAGUGCGGUGGGAACAAUCAUGAGGGCAGCACCUGCUGUGAGCCGGGCUUCGUUUGCAAGGCCUCCAAUGAGUUCUACUCACAGUGCUUGCCGAACGUGACGACCACCGAGGCGCCCAGCACCACCCAGCCAACAACGCAGCCCAGCUCCACAACCGGGCCGGUGACCACAAGCACCGCCGGCACAACCAGUCCUGUGACCACCACCACCACCACGACCACCACCACCACCGUGACGGCCACGGCCACCACAGCUCCUGCAACAACAACCGCUGCAACCACCACGAAUGCAGCGUCCACUACACCUGGUACCACCGUGACGACCACCACCGUGGAGUGCAUCAAGCGCUACGGUAAGUGCGGCGGGAUGAACUACAAUGGAGCGACGUGCUGCGAGCCCGGAUGGUGGUGUGUGUAUGGUGGUCCCUACUACUCCCAGUGCAAGACCACGACCACGACGACGCCCUAUGCCCCGGCCCCUGCAGAUGAGCGCGCAGAUGCCCACUUCCUGAUGCAGGCCACGUUCGGACCUACCCGCAGCAGCAUGUCUGAGAUCGAUGGCACCGCCUACGACCAAUGGAUUCUUGACCAGAUGGCAUUGCCAGCAAGCCUUCACCGCACCUACUACCGCCAGCGCGCAGCACCGCAAACCUCAAGCCAAGAAAGCUCUCGUGCGAAGUGCUCUGUUGGCUCCAGGUGGCGCAGCACAGCCCUGUCCCCCGCUGACGUGGGAAAGAACAUCUCGGUGCAGGGCGGGCGGCUGUUGGUCGCGGGCCGUCUGCGCACAGAGCUCAGCAGCUCGUCAACGUGGGCUUCGAUGACCUACCAGGGCUACAUCUGCGCCGUCAGCACUGCCAACAUUCAGGUGAGCCAGGAGUCUGAUUGCACGAACGCACAGUCAAGGCAACCGCCCCUCCCGUGGGCCGCUGCUUCUGUGGCUCUCUACACAGGUGUGACCUUCGAGGUCUUGAGCCCAGGCACCUUGGUCCUGAAGGACGUGGCAGACGCGGCCACUUGCCAGUUGCCGGACGUCAUCCAGUCAGAUCUGGAGAGUGCUGGUGUUUUCUACGUGCACGAGGCGCGCGUUGCCCUGGUGGAGAACACCUUGGAGACGCCGGCCACGUCCGACACGUGGCUCAGUGGCCAGUGCCCUUCCGUGCCACGGAGCUUUGUGAACCAGGACAGCUGCCAGCUCCUUCCGGGCUGCGCGCCCAUGGAGAUGCGGGGAGUCCAGCUGCACCUCAAUGUGAGCACCUUGGAGAAGUUCUUCUUGAGCGCCGGCCGCUACGUCUAUGCCAUCACGCAGCUCCUUACCACAGGCCCGCCGUGCGGAGAGAUGUCCCGCUUCAAGCGCCUCGACUGCAGCGCCUCCGCCUGCACGGCCACUGUGCUGAGCGAUCCGAGCGCUGCGGCUCCGCUGCGCACGGCUCUGGCCGAGGAGGAAGGUUCGCUCCGGGACGUCAACGUGGGCUGCGCCAACGUGCCGGCAGAUGUGGUCCUCGAGGUCAACGGCGAGUUCUUCCAGCACGUGCACGCGCAGGAGUCCAACGUCUAUGACUUCAGCGACUGGGUCUCCAAGCAUCCGGGCGGUCCCGACAAGAUCCGGCAGUGGACGGAGAGGGGCUACAUCCUCAACUAUCCCGCCAGCCAUCCCACGACCCGCUGGGAGUCCGACUUUGCCAGGACAGCCAUCAACCCCGGCUUCGUGGGGCGCCUUGGGGACACCGUGAGCUUCCUGACGCUGCCCCAGAGCCUCCAGACCUUUCCCCUUGCCACGGCCUUCGGCGCCCUGGAGUCCUUCAACGGCUUCGCGGAGGUCUGCGGCUCUCCCGGGGAGGUGGCGAACGACCUGAGCUCCGGCCACCGCUACGCCUUCCACACCGAGGGGGAGCUCUUGGACACGGCCUUCGACGUGGCCUACGACACCCCGGAGGCCAUGGGGGAGCUGGGCCGCGCCUCGAUCUGGACGAUGAUCAGCCUCAAGGCCCCCGACCAGCUCCGGCAGCGCGUGGCCUGGGCGCUGAGCCAGAUCUUCGUGGUGGCGCCGGACGACGCCACGGCGCAGCACACGGAGAUGUACGUGAACUACUACGACAUCUUCGUGCGCCACGCCUUCGGGAACCUUGGGGACAUCCUCCGAGAGGUCACGUUCAGCCCGGUCAUGGGGGACUACCUGACCUACAAGCGGAAUCGGGCCUUCGACAGCGACGGAGCCUACCCCGACGAGAACUACGCGCGCGAGAUCAUGCAGCUCUUCACCAUCGGGCUGUGGCGCUUGAACCCCGAUGGCUCCAGGAUGUUGGACAGCGAAGGCAACUCCAUCCCGACCUACAGCAACGAGGACAUCAUGAACUUUGCCCGGGUCUUCACCGGCUUUGACGAGCAGGGGGCCCGGGGCAACGUGGAGCAUGUGGAAGGCAAGGUCAACGUGAUCGACCCCAUGCUCCUGCGCGCAGAGUGGCGUGACGUGUACCCCAAGCCGGACCUUCUGGGAGGUUAUCUUGGGGAUGGCUACCCGCUGUGCUCCGAGCAGCCUGCGCAGGGCUUCCUGCAGCAGGGUGCGAAGUACCACUUCGUGGGCCACGCCUUCGAGGGCGAGGCCCUCACCUUGGCCGCGGACUCCGCGCUCUACAAGGCACUUUGCGGUGGCCAAGUCUGCAAUCACAAGCUCAUCGUCGAGCUCAUGGAGACACUGCCCUGCACAGGAACCGAGUGCCAGGCGCAGACGGCGCACUUUGUGAAGGUGGGAGACGGGUUCUACGAGCACCUCUAUGAGGCCUGCGUGAAGCUCUUCUUUGCGGAGGGCGAGGAGGUGCUCCUGUAUCCCGACGGCACCAUCGCCUCAAACCUGACGACCAAGUCGAGGCAGAACCCUUUUGUGGCACGCUGGAUUCCCACGCUCCCAGACCUUACCACAUGCCCCGCAGGCUGCACUGCAGGUUCCGUGUGCGCUUGCCCCGCAAGCCUCUCUGUCCAGAAUGGCCAGCACGUCGUCUCUGUUGGCGGGCUUCUUUUGCAGAACCCCCCCGUGUUCAUGGACAGAAGCGAGCCACGGAAGCGCGAUGCGGCCUUCGAGGUGGACGCGCUCCUGGACCACCUGCUGCACUACCCGAACACACCCGCCUUCAUCUCCUUCCGCAUCAUCCAGCGCUUCGUCACCUCCAACCCCAGCCCCGAGUACGUGCUCGCGGUCUCCAACGCUUUCCAGACGGGCAAGUACAUGGGCCACACCUUCUCGGGCAAGUAUGGGGACCUGGCAGCCACCGUGGCGGCCGUGCUUCUCCACGGCGAGGCGCGCUCUCAGAUGGGCACCAGCAAUGGCCUGCUGCGAGAGCCUUACUUGAAGGUGGUCCACUUGAUGCGGUCCAUGGAGUAUCAAGAUGAAGGGGCUCGGCCGGUGGUGCUCCGGAACCUGGUGGACUCCAUCGGCCAGUACCCCUACGCCUCACCCACGGUCUUCAACUUCUACGAGCCGGAGUUCCGCCCAGACAGCUUUCCGGAAGGCCUGGUGGCGCCGGAGUUCCAGAUCUACACAGCCCCAACGGCCUUGGCCUUUGCCAACGGCAUGCACUCGCUGAUCAACCAGGGCCUCAGCUACUGCGACAGCGGCUUCGGCGUGGAGGUGGGCGAUUGCUCGGCAGGAACCCUCAACUUCGCCGAGAAGCCGGACAUGAGCGAGGCCCUCGCAGAAAUGGACCUGCUGCUGACUGGGGGCCGCCUGGAGGCCAACAAAGGCGCCGUGCAGGCUGCCUACCAGCGGGACGGCUGGAAGGACGCGCAGAAGGUGAUGAUCCUGACGCCCGAGUUCAACACCCUGGGCAGCCCUCAGCCCUCGGGCGUUCGCCCGCCCUCCCCGCCUCCGAGCAUGGGCAGCGCAUCCAGCUACAAGGCCGUGGUCAUGGUGAUGCUCAAGGGCGGCAUGGACAGCUUCAAUAUGCUGGUACCCCUGAACUGCCCCCUCUACGACGAGUACCGGGGAGUGCGCAAGAGCAUCGCCUUCCUCCCGGAGGAGCUGCACCAGAUCAGCUCCCAGGACCAGGCCUGCCAGGACUUCGGCAUCCACCCGAAGCUCCCGGUCUUCAAGGAGCUCUACGACGAGGGGAGCCUGGCCUUCGUGGCGGACGUGGGGUCUUUGGUGGAGCCGCUGACGCCGGACAUGAUCGGCUCGGGCUUCCACGCCAAGGGCGGCAGCGGGGAGAUCUGCCAAGGGCUCUUCAGCCACAACGACCAGCAGCGGGCGGCCGAGACGCUCACCUGCCAGUAUGGGACGGCGGAGCUGAAGGGUGCUGGCGGACGCAUCGCAGAUGCCGUGGCAGCCGGAACCGAGAAGUACAACACCAUGUCCUUUUCCUUGAAGGGCAGCGCGACGUGGCCUCAGGGUUUCGACAUCCCCGGGGAGGUUCUGGGCCAGAAUUCAGGUGGUAGUAGUUCCGCCUUCCCAGAAUAUUCGCGGCUGCAAGACAUCGUGGACAACAUCACCGGCACCCUCCACGGCAACGUCUACUGCGAGGAGUACGCGAGGCGCCUGGAGCAGGCGAUCAGCUUCAACCUGGGCUUGGCCAAGCAGCUCGAGAACGCCGAGCUCUCGACGCCCUACGAGAUCUCGGGCUACAAGCCCCUGAGGCAGCAGCUCAAGAAGGCGGCGACGCUGAUCGCCGCGCGGGUCGAGCGCCAGGCGGAGCGCGACUUCUUCUUCGUGGAGGACGGGGGCUGGGACCACCACAAGGGUGUGGAGUCGGGUCUGGCCGGGAAGUUCGAGAGCCUGAAUGAAGCCUUGGCGGAGUUUGUGGCCGAGCUCAAGGCCCAAAACAUCUUCGACAACGUGGUGAUCGUGACGCACUCCGACUUCGCCCGGACCCUGACCCCGAACAGCAACGCCGGCACGGACCACGGCUGGUCCGGGAUCCAGCUCUUCGCGUCCGGGGCGCUCACGGGCUCGAAGGUCCACAACGCCUUCCCCCACCUGGCCGAGGACUCCCCCAUGGACGCGGGGAGGGGGCGGCUCAUCCCCAGCUUCCCUCUGGAGAACAUGAUGGUGCCCCUGGCCGAGUGGAUGGGCAUGGAGCCCUCGCAGCGCCUCCAGGUCUUCCCGAACCUCGUGAACUUCAACUCCACGCACCUCCUCCCGAAGCAAGCGGUCUUCCGAGAUUGA